AUGCGUGAAUCUGGUACUGGAGAGUACUGUGCUCUGCGGGCUGAUGAAGAACAGAACAGCUCGGAAGGCUUGGAAGACUGGACCCGCCAGCCCCGCCCUCUUUCCGACAAAAAUGCUGCAGACAGUUUCUGGUGCAAGCCCCUGCCAAAAAGUCCUGUUUUCUCAAACGCCAAGCUUGAGUGGCUGGCCGAGGGGAAGCACAAGAGUGGACACGCCAACGUCAUUGCUGAGCUUCGAGCUGUCCACCUGCCACCCCUAGAGCUCUGCAUCCAGUCCGAGGCUCUUGACCGUUGA